CCAUGGGUCUCUCCAUAUAGCCCAGAUUGGCCGAGAACUCGCGAUCACGUUGCCUCUCCCUCCUCAGCGCAGUUACACGACCUUGGCCUUGAAACAAAGAACGUAGAGCCGGCUCACGAGCCUUGCAACAGCAUUGGCUAAGCAAUGUCAGUUGCAUCCUGGGAAUCGCAGUUCCUGUGACCCGGAUAUGUCGACAAAAGAUGACGAGACUAACGUCAUAGGUUCUGCUCUGCUCUGGUCUGGACCUCGGUGGAAGUUAACUAUUUAACAAUGAAAAGUUUGCCACGUUGUAACAACCUCUAGGUAUGUGCUACAGGCCUUCGGGUCAACUGCGAACACCAACUGGAGCCCUACCUCUUUUCACCGGUUUGCACACUCUUCUUGAGGCGGGUGAUCCAGCUUCCCUCCCUAUCCAAGAGCUAAGGUAGGUGGUGUCCUACUCCCUACCCUGUUUAUCCAUACAGGAUAGCAGCAUCAGCUCACUGCCUCCCAGCAGAGUGAGAUGGGACGCACAUCAAAGGAUAAACGGGAUGUCUACUAUCGCCUGGCCAAGGAGAAUGGCUGGCGGGCCCGGAGUGCCUUCAAGCUGCUUCAACUGGAUGAGGAAUUCAAUCUCUUCCAAGGCGUGAAGCGAGCAGUUGACCUGUGUGCAGCCCCAGGCAGCUGGAGCCAGGUGCUGAGCCAAAAGAUUGGGGGCCAGAGUUCUGGUCAGGUGGUGGCUGUGGACUUGCAGGCUAUGGCUCCACUUCCAGGCGUGAUCCAGAUACAGGGGGACAUCACACAGCUUUCCACUGCCAAGGAGAUCAUCCAGCACUUUGAGGGUUGCCCUGCUGACCUAGUAGUGUGUGACGGGGCUCCUGAUGUCACUGGCCUCCAUGAUGUCGACGAGUAUAUGCAGGCUCAGCUUCUGCUAGCGGCUCUCAACAUUGCUACACAUGUCUUGAAGCUAGGGGGCUGCUUUGUAGCCAAGAUAUUCCGGGGCCGAGAUGUAACACUGCUCUAUAGCCAGCUGCACAUCUUCUUCUCCAGCGUGCUCUGUGCCAAGCCGAAGAGCAGCCGGAACUCCAGCAUUGAGGCCUUUGCUGUUUGUCAGGGUUAUGACCCUCCUGAGGGCUUCAUUCCAGACCUGACCAGACCCCUGCUGGACCACUCAUACGAUUUCAACCAGCUGGAAGGUCCUGCCCGUUUUAUUGUACCCUUUGUGGCCUGUGGGGACCUCAGCGCCUACGAUUCGGAUCGCAGUUACCCUCUGGAUCUAGAAGAUGGCUCUGAGUACAAAUAUACUCCGCCCACACAACCCCCCAUCGCACCCCCAUACCAGGAGGCCUGCAGGUUGAAGAAGAAUGGGCAGCUGGCCAAGGAAUUGCUCCCCAAAGAAUGCUCCAUUAACAAAGUAGACAACUUGCCCCAGCCUCUGACUGUCCCUCAGGGUCAUACCCUGCUGUCCCCCAAGGUGGAAGACGAUGAAAUGAAUAGUUCACCUUAACAAUUUAAGAGUUUGCAGUAAAAAUGGAACUAAUCCAAGUCAGAAGCUGCUGCCUGCCAGGAAAACCAGAAGCUGGCUUGAUGAGUUUGUUUGCAGAUACCAUCUAUGGGUCCUGAACAGAUAAGCCUCGAGUGGACUCUGCAGCAACUCCAUAAUAACAAAGAAACGGCGAAGAAGUCUGCUGAGCUGCAGGCGGAAUUUCUUGAGACUGUGAGCACAUGCCUCUUAGCCUCUCCUGGGUGUCCUGAAUAGGUCCAGGAUUUCCCCGCAAAGCAGGGGUUCUUACCAUGGGUAAACAUCAGGGACCUCCACCAACUUGAUGGAGGAAAAUGUUACAGCUUCACUAUACCUGAAAUUCAGCUUUAUUCCUGGUCAGUGGCCAUGGGCAACAAAUCAAUGGUAAAAGCCCUACCUAUGCAAGUCACUUCCUUUUUAUAUUACAAUGUACAGGCAUCUGAAAGACUGCUCAUAUUUGUCACUGCUUUGGAUAAUAGCAGAUUUUAUAAAUCAAUCCUAUAAUUAUACAUCCCAUCCAUUACUGCCUUCCAAUUUUUACAGAUUGGUUGGUCAGGUAUUUUUAAGACAAUAUCUUCCCAUAUAGCCUAGACUGCCUUCAGACUCAAGAUCCUCCUGCAUCUGCCCCCUGAAUGCUGAGAUUACAGGCCUGUGCCACGAAACCUGGCUACUGUAUCCCAGUUUUAUUUCACUUAAAUAUACAGUGAUAAC